GCGAAGCGUGGCAAGAGGGCCUCCUCGGCAGUAGCUGGAUGUGCUUGCGGGUCCUGCGGCGAGAAGUGCCUGCCAGAUUGCUCCAACUGGGCCGAGAAGGAGCUUCAGGUGGACGCGAGGAAUAACAAUGUCAUGGUUCCGAUCGGGCCCGUGUGCGAAGGAUGUGCCGUCUUCGCCGCCUUGAGGUACAUUGACGUCGCCGCCUUGUGCAAGGCGAAGCAGCAGGCUGAUGAGAAGGGCAAGCCGAGUCCAUACCAGAAGGACUUAUCAGAACACAAGGCUUCGAUCAUGCAUCCCCAUUCUCCGACACCAUGGGGCAAGUGCGAGGUCUAUAGGGAGACGAUCGGCGGCGUGUAUGUCGAGGAGGCCGCGGCGUUCGAGAACAAGGACUCCUUCCAUCAGACCUACGGGGUGGCCAUGGAGGACGUCAAGUUGGCUGGAUUGAGGCGUGACUUCCCUGGUGGCAAGGCCGAGUCGGGCUUGCUGCGGCCCUGCGGCGCCUCCGAUGCCACGAGCAGUGCUGGUGCUCCAGCACCGAAGGUGGUGAGGUACCUGAACACCCGCAUCGUGAUGAGGCAGCCUCUCAUGAAGCAGCACACGUUCGAGUCGCAGAGCCAGGUGACCUUCGACGACGAGUUGCAGCGGGUUCACGACAUGCGGGGCGGUGCGUUCGCGAGCAAGUACCAGCCGAGGAACAAGGGCAUCAAGACUUACACCGACGAGCAGGUCAAGGAGGCCGUCGAGGAGUUCGAGCGCAAGAAGGAGUCCCAGAAGCACCAGGGCACCGACGCAGUGUUGCCAGUGACGGCGCAGCUGGCCGACUUGGACGCUGACUGCCACGACGACUGCGACUUGGGGGAGACGCAGGCUCGCAUUCGGUCGCCAGAUUUCUGGUACAGCGUCUGCACGGUCGCGAACGCCUUCGCCAGGGAUCCCAAGCUCACCAGGCGCAUGCAGUGGGCUCGCAACUGUGUCAAGCGCCUGCUUGGAGCAGUUGCGACUACGCUUCAGGCUGGCAGAUUGGAGACCUUCUUGGACAAGACCGACGCCGCGAUCGCCCUGAUGGACGAGCUUGCAGCGAACCCCUCUGGCAGCGAGAGCUUGUGGAAGGCUGCUCGCGCGCUCCACGGGAUGAAGGUCGAGUGCCCAGACCAUGUGGUCGUGAAGCUCACGCGCGCGCUGGCCUGCCAGAACAUGCUCCUCGUCUUCGCGAAGGCCGAAGAGGAUGGCGCUCUACUGGCGAACGUCUCCGACGUGGUCGCAGCGGCGAACCCGUUCAGGAGCAUGGGCGACAACGUCGUCGGCGGGGAGGCGCACUCGGACAGCUUGCAGGAGGACGCGGACGUCCAGCUCGUCGCGGAUUCGCCAGGGUUCGAUCUGCUCAGCCCCAGGGUUUCCCACCUCCGUCUUGGGCUCAACGAGAGGGUCCUGGAGUGUGGCAAGGUUGUUGUCAACGAGCUGAUCCCCAUGGUUGCUCAGCGCGGGGAGGAUGCCCUCGAAAUCAUGCUCUCGCUGUGCACGUCCUUGGAGUCGACCUUCGAGGCUGCGCUCGAGGAUUUGGAUAUGGUCCCUGAGGCUACGCACGAUCUCCUGGAUGCGAUCCGCGCUGUCAUUGGAGUCGUGUCCAGCACUCCUGCGUCGCACCAUUUUGCUGCGCUCCAGACGGCGACGAAGGAGUUCCAGGACAAGAUGGAGACCAUCAGAGCCAAUGCCAUGCUUGCCCUCUACCACGGUGACUUCUACAAGCGCAGGGCCAUCCACGUGUUCAAGCAUACUCCCGACAUGGCGUCUGCAGUGGAGACGAUGGACGCCGCGAUGAAGGCUAUGGAUAGGUUGAGCGGUUUCGGACCAGAUGGCGUUGAGUUCACCAACACCUUCACCUCGUCCCUGGUGCAGCUUCAGCGCGCACAGCAGGUAUUGACGCCAGGUGCUACCAAGCAGUGGGAGAUCAAGCUCGUUCACAGUUUGCAGCGCGCCUGGGAGUCGAUCGGCACUUCUAAGGGCGUCGUGCUCACGAAGAUCGAGGUGGAGAACUUGGCUCGCUGCGCGGAGUCUGCGAAGGACGUGUGGCCGUCCGAGAACGUGAUCGACGACAUUAUCAUCUGGUGUGCCUCUACUGCACAAGCCGUGGCUGCGACUGAGCGUGACGAGACAGUCUCUGCCAGCAUCUCGGUUUGCUUCGACCCAGAGUUUGAUGUUCAGAAGUUCGUUGACGCCCUCAAGGCGGAGAAGUAG